AUGAUCGGUGGUGUAUUUAUCUAUAAUCAUAAAGGCGAAGUUCUUAUAUCACGUGUUUAUCGUGAUGAUAUAGGACGUAAUGCAGUUGAUGCCUUUCGUGUUAAUGUUAUUCAUGCAAGACAACAAGCACGUUUUCCUGUUGUUAAUAUAGCUCGAACAAGCUUUUUCUAUACAAAACGUUCGAACAUAUGGUUAUGCGCUGUUGCUAAACAAAAUAUAAAUGCUGCCAUGGUCUUUGAAUUUUUAAAUAAAAUGAUCGAUGUUAUGCAAUCGUAUUUUGGUAAAAUAAGUGAAGAAAAUGUGAAGAAUAAUUUUGUUUUAAUCUAUGAAUUAUUGGAUGAAGUACUUGAUUUUGGUUAUCCACAAAAUAGUGAUACAGGUGUAUUGAAAACGUUUAUAACACAACAGGGCGUACGACCGGUGACACGUGAAGAGCAAACGAAUGUGACAUCGGCUGUAACAGGUCAAAUUGGAUGGCGACGUGAAGGUAUUAAAUAUCGUCGUAAUGAAUUAUUUCUUGAUGUUAUUGAAUCAGUGAAUUUACUUAUGUCGCAACAAGGUCAAGUAUUAAGUACACAUGUUGCAGGUCGAGUUGUUAUGAAAAGUUAUCUAUCGGGUAUGCCUGAAUGUAAAUUUGGUAUUAAUGAUAAAAUAACGGUUGAAAAUCGGACAAAAACUCAACUCGAUUCCAACAAUCCGAAUAAUAACAAUUCAACCAAUCCAUCAACAACAACAAAAACAGCUAUUGCAAUCGAUGAUUGUCAAUUUCAUCAAUGCGUUAAAUUAUCAAAAUUUGAAUCGGAACAUUCAAUAUCAUUUAUACCACCCGAUGGAGAAUUCGAAUUAAUGCGUUAUAGAACAACCAAAGAUAUUAGCUUACCGUUUCGUGUCAUACCAUUAGUACGUGAAAUAGGUCGAACAAAAAUGGAAGUUAAAAUUGUUGUUAAAUCCAAUUUUAAACCAACCCUUAUUGGACAAAAAAUUGAAAUACGUAUACCAACACCACCAAAUACAUGUGAUGUACAAUUAUUGUGUAUGAAGGGAAAAGCAAAACAUAAAUCAUCGGAAAAUGCUAUCGUAUGGAAAAUGAAACGUAUGGGUGGAAUGAAAGAAUCACAGUUGAGUGCUGAAAUUGAAUUAUUACCGAAUGAUAAGAAAAAAUGGAAUCGUCCACCGAUAUCAAUGAGUUUUGAAGUUCCAUUUGCACCAUCCGGUUUUAAAGUUCGGUAUCUUAAAGUAUUUGAACAUAAACUUAAUUAUUCGGAUUCGGAAACAGUCAAAUGGGUACGAUAUAUUGGUAAAAGUGGUUUAUAUGAAACACGAUCUUAG